UAUAACAACAAUUUAUCUCAUGUCUUCGCCGCCGCCUCCCGGCAUCUCGUCGCCACCGCCGCCUUCAGUCAUUUCGUCGCCACCGCCGCCUUCAGUCAUUUUGUCGCCACCGCCGCCUUCAGUCAUUUCGUCGCCACCGCCGCCUCCCGUCAUCUCGUCGCCACCGCCACCUUCAGUCAUUUCGUCGCCACCGCCACCUUCAGUCAUUUCGUCGCCACCGCCGCCUCCAAUUGUUUCCUCGCCACCGCCACCUUCAGUCAUUUCGUCGCCACCGCCGCCUCCAAUUGUUUCCUCGCCGCCUCCCCCUCCCAAUGUUUUUUCACCACCGCCCCCUAUUGUACUACCCCCACGCUCUCCUCCUCCAUUACCGCCGCCUCCGCCUAUAUCAAUACCCCCACGCACUCCGCCGCCGCCGCCGCCGCCAAUUGUUUCCUCACCACCUCCGCCGCCUCUAAUUGUUUCCCCACCACCGCCUCCUAUAGCCCCCUUGGGCUCUCCUCCGCCGCCCCCUCCAAUUGUUUCCUCACCACCGCCACCUCCUAUAUCAAUACCCCCACGCUCUACUCCGCCGCCGCCUCCAAUUGUUUCCUUACCACCGCCUCCUCCUAUUGUUUCCUCACCACCGCCGCCUCCAAUUGUUUCCUCACCACCGCCUCCAAUUGUUUUCUCACCGCCGCCUCCUCCUAUUGUUUCCUCACCACCGCCUCCAAUUGUUUUCUCACCGCCGCCUCCUCCUAUUGUUUCCUCACCACCGCCUCCUCCUACAGCCCCCUUGGGCUCUCCUCCGCCGCCCAGUCCAAUUCGUUCCUCACCACCACCUCCUAUCUCACCUCCUCCCAAUGUUUUGUCACCACCGCCCCUUACAAUUGUUUCGCCGCCACCACCUUCACCGACCGGAUCCCUCGUCGAAAUUCCUCCGGCGCCACCGUCUUCUAAGUCGCCUGGCAUAUCGAUUGGUCUUAUAGCUGGAGUUGUGGUGACAGGGAUUGCCUUUUUUGCAAUUUUAUUGCUUUUGUUCUUAUAUUUACGGAAGAAGAAGAAAAGAGAAGUCCAGGAUGAUGAUCAUGAUUAUGUGCUCCGGCCACAUGGACAUACUGGUGAGACUCUUUUGCAUAUUAGACAACUUAAUUAUUUGAAGUCAAAUUUUGGUAAUAAUAACAUAGUAGUUAGAUAA